CUCAGGCGGCGCCUCUGGGGAGAGUGUGAAAUAAAAAAAUCCUGCAGCGACACUGCGUCCUGUGCAAGGCGGCGCUGGCUCUGAACAGGGAGAGCAGGGAACCCGCAGAGGCCAGAGGACCCCACCAGGCCAUGGCCAUCACCUUCUAGACUUUUUCAGCCCACACCAGGCCGCGCACGGGCGAUUUCUCCCUAAGAACAAAGGGUGGCACUCGAACCCAGGUCUCCGUCCCCACCGCACCCUCCACUCACAUCGGAUCCCAGCCUUCCCUUUCUGUCUGCUGUUGCUGCGGCCGCGGCCUGAGCCCCGCCCCGUGGGUUCGCACGUGGCCCCCGCCUGACCCGGCGCCCGGAGGCGGAGUAGGGAGGGGCGGGCGGCAAACGCAGCACUUUCCGCGGCUUUGACAAGCCCGCGGCGCCCGGUCCCGAGCGCUUAGCCGGGCCGAGACUGCGCCAUGCAGGAAGCGCCAGCAGCGCUGCCCACGGAGCCGGGCCCCAGCCCCGUGCCUGCCUUCCUCGGCAAGCUGUGGGCGCUGGUGGGUGACCCGGGGACCGACCAUCUGAUCCGCUGGAGCCCGAGCGGGACCAGUUUCCUCGUAAGCGACCAGAGCCGCUUCGCCAAGGAAGUGCUGCCCCAAUACUUCAAACACAGCAACAUGGCGAGCUUUGUGCGUCAACUCAACAUGUACGGUUUUAGGAAGGUGGUGAGCAUCGAGCAGGGCGGCCUGCUGAGGCCAGAGCGCGACCACGUCGAAUUCCAGCACCCGAGCUUCGUACGCGGCCGAGAGCAACUACUGGAACGCGUGCGGCGCAAGGUGCCUGCGCUGCGCAGCGACGACGGCCGCUGGCGCCCCGAGGACUUGGGCCGGCUGCUGGGCGAGGUGCAGGCUUUGCGGGGAGUGCAGGAGAGCACCGAGGCGCGGCUGCGGGAGCUCAGGCAGCAGAACGAGAUCUUAUGGAGGGAGGUGGUGACUUUACGGCAGAGCCAUGGUCAGCAGCACCGGGUCAUUGGCAAGCUGAUCCAGUGCCUCUUCGGGCCACUUCAGACAGGGCCCAGCAACGCAGGAGCUAAGAGAAAGCUGUCCCUGAUGCUGGAUGAGGGGAGCUCAUGCCCAACAGCAGCCAAAUUCAGUGCCUGCCCCCUACCUGGUGCCCUCCUUCAGGAUCCCUACUUUAUCCAGUCGCCCCUCCCAGAGACCACCUUGGGCCUCACCAGCUCUCACAGGGCCAGGGGCCCUAUCAUUUCUGACAUCCAUGAAGACUCUCCAUCCCCUGAUGGGACCAGGCUUUCUCCUUCCAGUGGUGGCAGGAGGGAGAAGGGCCUGGCACUGCUCAAAGAAGAGCCGGCCAGUCCAGGGGGGGAAGGCGAGGCCGGGCUGGCCCUGGCCCCAAACGAGUGUGACUUCUGCGUGACAGCACCCCCACCGCUGCCUGUGGCUGUGGUGCAGGCCAUCCUGGAAGGGAAAGGGAGCUUCAGCCCUGACGGGCCCAGGAAUGCCCAACAGCCUGAACCAAGAGGUCCCAGGGAGGUACCUGACAGAAUCCUUGGGAAUCUAAUGGGGGUGAACACUGCAGGCCAACAGCAGUUCUCUGUGCACAGGGGAACUCUGGGCCUGGACAGGGGCAUGCGGAGCCCAGAGAAUCUUCUGCCUCCCAUGCUGCUUCGGGCCCCCCCUGAAAGUGUGGAGCCUGCGGGGCCCCUGGAUGUGCUAGGCCCCAGCCACCAAGGGCGAGAAUGGACCCUGAUGGACUUGGACAUGGAGCUGUCCCUGAUGCAGCCAUUGGUUCCAGAGAGGAGUGAGAAUGAGCUGGCAGUCAAGGGGUUAAAUUCUCCAGGGCCAGGGAAAGACUCCACACUUGGGGCACCACUCCUGCUGGAUGUCCAAGCGGCUUUGGGAAGCCCAGCUCUCGGCCUUCCUGGAGCUUUAACGAUUUACAGCGCCCCUGAGAGCCGAGCCUCCUACCUGGGCCCAGGGGCCAAUCCCUCCCCCUGAAACCCGCUCUGCUUUGAAGCCAGCCCUUCUCAGCUUCCUCGUGCCCCCCCUAGAAGAGGCUGAUUGAAGACCCUGUUACUUCUCCAUUACUGAACCCUGCACAUAAACUGCAUUUUUUUUUUC